AUGUCUUCUCCCAACUUUGCCGGCUUCUCACCAUGGAGGAGAAGAGCCGCCUCCUUGAGCUCCCAGAGGUCCCAGAGGUCCCAGAGGACCAGCACCGAGAUUAACCCGGAAAACCCGCUCCUCAGUCCCGGCCGGAGCUCUCAGCAUGGUCCGGAUUCGAGAGCCCUUCUGUCGUCUUCCGUGAGCUCGAGUCACCGAGAGCCGAUUCGUUCCUUCAUCCACGGCAACGUGAGGGACCACCUAGGCAAGCACCCCGUGGUCCGCGCAUACGUCACCCAGGUCGCACAACCAGCUAACAUGCCGUCCGUAGCUCCUGUCGACAGCGCCCAGUCUGCCCGCAGCGUGCGCGAAGACACGGCCGAACUCGCCUCAUACCUCUUGUCCGACAAGAAGACGGGCCAGAGCCCAGCAUUCCUCUCGCGCCAACGCUCCCAGUCGUCAGCUCUCACACGGGAAACCGCUAUUUCAGAUAACGAGGAAGACGACGAUGACGAAAUUGCCCAUGUAACGAGCUCCGAGACGAUACAAGAGGUAUCAGAACCUUCCUCGCCGGAUGGAGAUGAGGAGGAACUGCCAGAUGAUGGUCCCUCCAUUUUGACGAACCUACUCAAAAAGUCACCUCCCCAGUCGCACCGCGAUCCGUCACCGGAACCACAACCCGAGCCAUUGGAACCAACGACCCCUGAACCGAAGCGAGCGCCCUCCGUGGAGAGGCAGGAACGAGAGCUACAGCGACCGACGAGGACUGCUGCCGAGGAGCCUACCGAGCGCACUCCUCUGAUCCCCAGGUUGUCGUCUGAUAGUUUCGAGAGCUACCAUACGAGCGGAGCCAGCACCGAAAUCGACGUGGAAGGGCAGAAGCCACGACCUCAGAAGCGGUGGCUGCAUGGUUUGAAAGAUCUCACCGUGAAUGUGGAGGAGCGCAUCGUUCAUGGUAUUCAAAUCGCGACGAGCCCCAAAGCUUGGGACCGCCAAGCCUUAUGGCAGAAUGCCGUGGUCGCCCCAGUAUCUUGCCUACCGGCUGUUAUUGUCGGAUUGUUACUCAAUGUUCUUGAUGCGCUGUCUUACGGCAUGAUUCUAUUUCCCCUCGGCAAGCCCAUCUUUGCUGGGCUGGGCUCGGCGGGCAUCUCCAUUUUCUAUGUUAGCACCAUUGUUUCUCAGUUGACCUUCUCGACUGGCAGUAUUUUCAAAGGAGGCGUUGGCUCCGAAUUGAUCGAAGUUGUACCCUUUUUCCAUAAUAUGGCCCAAACAAUUACGGACCAUAUUGGCGAAGAUCAACCAGACGCUGUGAUCGCAACGACGAUUGUCACGUAUGCAAUUAGCUCCAUGAUGACAGGCACAGUCUUUUACCUCAUGGGAAAAUUCAACUUUGGCUACAUGGUUGGUUUCAUCCCAAGACACAUCUUGAUCGGCUGUAUAGGAGGUGUCGGCUGGUUCCUGGUUGCCACGGGCUUCGAGGUGUCUGCCAGAAUGGAUGGCAGUCUGGAAUACGACAUGGACACACUUCACAAGCUUUUCCAAUCCGACACGGUACUUCUCUGGCUGACACCCCUUUUGCUCGCUAUCAUACUUUUCUACAGUCAGACAAGAGGUGCUUCCAAGUAUUUCUUGCCGCUGUACAUCAUCUCUAUUCCGAUUGUCUUUUAUUUCUUUGUAUUCUCCCUGGAUGCGCUUGAGCCAGACUCUCUCCGAGAUCACGGCUGGAUUUUUGAAGGACCACCAGCGGACGAGCCAUGGUGGUACUUCUACACGUUAUACAAGUUCAACCUAGUUGAGUGGGAUGCCGUUUUGGGGUGUAUUCCUGCCAUGUUGGCACUCACCUUUUUCGGCAUUCUCCACGUUCCUAUCAAUGUUCCGGCCCUGGCUCUGCAGACUGGGGAGGAUAAUGCGGACCUUGACCGCGAGCUGAAAUUGCAUGGGUACUCCAACUUUAUCUCUGGCUUGUGCGGCAGUAUUCAAAACUACCUCGUCUACGCCAACACCGUGUUUUUUAUGCGAUCCGGCGGAGACAGCAGGCUCGCUGGCGUCAUGCUAGCAGCCUUGACCUUUGGUGUCAUGGUCAUUGGCCCCAAGAUCAUUGGCUUUAUCCCUAUCAUGAUGGUUGGCACUCUCAUCUUCGACCUUGGCUUUGAGCUUCUUCUCGAAGCUGUGUGGCUUCCGAGGAAGAAGCUGAAACUGGCCGAAUAUUUGACAGUGAUUGUAAUUGUCUUGGUAAUGGGCAUUUACGAUUUCGUCAUUGGCAUUGGUGUGGGCAUCAUCCUCGCAUUUGUGUCACUGAUUAUUCAGACAUCGAGAGUAUCUGCUGUACGAGCAAGCUAUACAGGCGAAAUAGUCGGCUCUACCGUGCGCAGAAACCCUUCGCAGCAUCACUACCUGCAGGAAGUUCGUCGACAAAUCUACAUAGUCAAGCUCACUGGCUUCCUCUUCUUCGGCACCGUCGUCAGUGUUGAAGAGAAGAUCCGGGCUCUCAUCGACGACAGUGCCUUCACGGAAAGGCCUAUUAAAUAUCUCGUUAUCGACCUGUAUCACGUCACAGGCCUGGAUUACUCUGCUGGUGAAGCUUUCAAUACUAUCAGCAGGUUGCUCGACAACAAGGGCAUCGUCAUGGUGUUGAGUGGAAAGGACGCGGAAAGUGAAGUCGGCCGCAAUCUGCGGGCCAUGGGGCUGGGCAACGAAAGCAUCGAAGUCACCUUACUUCCCGAUCUCAACUCGGCUCUAGAGAGCUGUGAGAACGAGCUGCUCAAGACUCUUUACACAAGUCAGGAUGCGCUCCACAAUGGCUCUCGUCACGCACCAACCGCCAACCUGGACGUUCCUUCGAAGCCAGACCGGGGAUCGUUUGAUUUGGUCAUCAACUCGCCGAGACGUAACCAUUUGCACGAAGCCGCCAGAAACGCGCUGGCGAACACAGAGUCUUUGGGAACAAAGAGGUGGCAGAGCUUCAAGGAGCCUCUGCGAUUGAUGUUGCAAAUCUUCCAGGGCCUGAGCGAGAGGAACGAAGAUUUCUGGUUCCGGGCUGUUGGAUAUUUCUCCCGCAAGGAAUACCAGGCCGGUACGGUCCUAUUCACGAGAGGUGAGCCCGCCAAGGGUUUCUAUCUCGUGGAGAAGGGCAUCCUCCGCGCCGACUACGACCUGCCACAAGGCAAGCUCGCGGAGAGUAUCGUGGCGGGCACGACGUGUGGCGAAUUGCCCUUCUUCUCAGAGACGGACCGCACAGCCACGGUGACGGUUGAUAGAGACUGCGUUGCCUGGCGGAUGGACAAGGAGGGGUGGCAACGACUACAGAAAGACCAGCCGGAUGUCGCGCAGGAGUUGUUGAGGGUGUCUCUAAAGUUGACGAGUGAGCGGAUGACCUCCAUCACUUCGUAUAUUUUGACCACUGCCGGCUAA